AGCAGAAGUGAGCUUUCAGCGUCCAACAGCCAACAUGUCCAGCAAAAAGGCAAAGACGAAGACCACCAAGAAGCGCCCUCAGCGCGCCACUUCCAAUGUGUUUGCGAUGUUUGAUCAGUCCCAGAUUCAGGAAUUCAAGGAGGCCUUCAACAUGAUCGACCAGAACAGGGAUGGCUUCAUUGAUAAAGAGGACUUGCAUGACAUGCUUGCCUCCCUUGGAAAGAAUCCAACAGAUGAAUACCUAGAUGCCAUGAUGAAUGAGGCUCCAGGCCCCAUAAACUUCACUAUGUUCCUCACAAUGUUUGGUGAGAAGUUAAAUGGCACCGACCCGGAAGACGUAAUCAGGAAUGCUUUUGCUUGCUUUGAUGAAGAAGCAACAGGGUUCAUCCAAGAAGACUACCUGCGAGAGCUGCUCACCACAAUGGGAGACAGGUUCACGGAUGAGGAGGUAGAUGAGCUGUACAGGGAGGCACCCAUUGACAAAAAGGGGAAUUUCAACUACAUCGAGUUCACACGCAUCCUGAAACACGGAGCAAAAGACAAGGAUGACUGAGCAGAUCCGUAGAUAACUGCAGAUAGCUUUUCCCCCUACACAUUAAUUUUAUUUCUCAGGAUCUGUUUUCUCUUUUUUCCUGUUGGGACCUUUUGCAUACAUUUUUAGCAUUCCAGCUUUUUACCUCUGUGGACUCUGGGGCUGCUCAGACACACUUGCACAUUUGUAAUAAGACUGGACAUGAACAGGGAGGGAGGACAGCUUACAGUGAUAGAGGUUUAGAGACAAAGAUCAGUGAGCGUGCAGGCCCAGGUAAAAAUGUCAGUGCUACUCACCCUAGAUUCAUUUCAGACUUGUGACGGUAGCUUUUCAAAUAAAACACUGCUAUAUUAAGCACAUCAUUAAAAUUUUCACGCUAGAAGUGGACUGUUUAUCUAAUCAUAUCAUUUUUUGCAACUAUAUGCAGUCAUGUUGUUACCUAUUUUUGCCUUAAAAAUGAAGCAUAAGUCACUUAAGUGUACUGAUGUUUGUACUUCAGCAACUUCACUUGCUACUGUGAACACGUACAAUGAAGAAAUGCCAUCCUUCAAAUUUUACUACACUGUAAAUUAAUAAUUUCUGUCCAGGACUUGCACAUUAAACAUUUUAAAUCUUACAGAUGUAAUCGAGGGGGUAUUUUACCACUUUGGCGCCUCCAUUUCUUGACACUGAGCACAAUAUUAAUACUGCUAUUAAAAACUUCUAUAGUAAAUCCUGGUGUUGUCUUAAAAAAGAUACCAUAUAUGAGUAGAAUGCUCGAGUGAUACCUCUUACCAGAUCUGCAGGACUAACAAUAUAGAUUUCAUUACAUUUUGUUGCAGCCUUUUUUUUUUUUCUUUUCCCAUCUUUUUUCAAAGCUCAGCUUCAUCUUCUGGAUGAAGAAGGGAGGUGUGCUCUCUCUGUCUGAAAAUUACAUUAUUGCUUUCCAAAUGAAACAAUGUACAAUAUAUUUUUAAGAGCUUCUGCUGAGAGUGGUGCUUUGGGUGUGUGAGAAGGAGGCAUUCCUUUUUGUUCUAUUUCUCAUAAUUAUAUCCUCCCAUUCCUGUGGUAGGGAUGCGCGGCAGAUUGGCUCCAGUACUCUGAAGCAAUUUUGCCAUAAUCAGAAUACUUGUAGGUUUGGUUUUUUGGCCUUGAGAGAAAGGGUGAUCAGUGCUGCUUCUGUCACUUCAAGGAAUUACAUUGUUAUCCCUUUAGGAUAAAUGUCACUUGGUGGAGAGAGUGCUGACGUUUCUUGGUAGGCUGCUUUUCUGAACUGAACUUGUAGUAAACUUCGUUAGAGGGCAGUG